CAAAGGCUCAGGCGGGGAGAGAAAGGGAGCGAGAGAGCCACUGACGGGCGACGCUUGACGGCAUGACAGGGAACCUGCCCGGCCGCCUGGCUGAGUGACCGAGGCCGAGCCGCCUUCCCUCGGCGGGGCUCGCGGCCACAGCCCGCUUCCCUCUCCCUCAGGCACCGGGGCCCAACCGCCCUUUUCCCCUCCCGUGAGGCAAGCCCCCCCGCAGAACCCCCCCCUUUCCUUCACCUCAUUCCAGUCGCCCGCUCUUUGAGCCCCCCCCCCUUUGCUCCCUGCCCCAUUCAGCCCUGGCCAGACCUGUUUCAUGCAGCCAGAAGCCCACUAACACCCCUGCCCCUUUGGUGUGCCCUGUCGCCCGUUACUGACAAGGGGGAGGGAAAGGCAGCCCCCCCCCCCACCCGUGCACAGGCUUAAAUAGGAGCUUUUUCCAAGCCAGGCCUUCCAAAACCAGGUCCCCCCAAUUUAGACACCUGCAGGUCAGAUUUAGUCACCCCCAAAAUUAGACCUCCCAAAUCAGAACUCCUCCAAGUGGGCUGUCCAGAUUUAGACAUCUCCCCCCACCCCAGUCAGACCCCACCCGAAAAAAAAGUAUUCGAGGAGAGGCCCUGCUGGCUGGUAUCCUCCCCCUGCAAAUUGUUAGAAAUCUCUUCCCUGGGCGGACAUCAUUUAGGCAUACCCCACCAUCCCCCAGUCCUGAAUUGUCUCCAGCAUCUCCAGCCAUGGCCUUCUUCCACCGCUGGGUCACUUACUUGCAGGAUCCGGAGAAAGUUGCCCGUUUCCAAAGGCUGUGCGGCGUGGAAGCUGUUCUGAAUUCGGGGUCUGGCGCCUUGGAAGAGGCAGAGGAGAAAAGGGGGUCUGAAGUCUUCUUGGUCAACGGGAGCUGCUCCACUUCCCAGACAGGUGGUGAAGGUGAUGGGAGACACCGGCUGCGAGGAGCUGGGGAUGUUGGGGAGAAAGGUGACGGAUGGUACUCCAACGGUGUGAAGAAUGGGGUGGUUUCUGGGGCAGCAGAAUGCCAGCAGGCUGCUCCGCAGGAAAGCAGGCAGCAGAGUUGGGGUGCAAAAAUGCAGCCCCGGCGCAAUUCUUUGACUGGGGAAUCCAUGCAUCAAGCUUUCAGGAUCCACAGCCGCUUCCUGUACUAUCUCUUCACCCUGGGCACGGAGCUGGGCAACGAACUCUUCUAUAUGCUUUUUUUCCCCUUCUGCAUCUGGAACGUGGAUGCUUGGAUAGGCAGAAGGCUCAUUAUUAUGUGGGUCUGGGUCAUGUAUGUGGGUCAGUGUACCAAGGACGUUGUCCGCUGGCCGCGGCCUGCCUCCCCACCGGUGGUGAAGCUGGAGGUCUUCUACAACUCUGAGUACAGCAUGCCCUCCACACAUGCCAUGUCUGGCACCGCCAUCCCUUUGACUCUGGUUCUGCUCAGCUAUGGACGGUGGCAGUAUCCAGUGUCAUACGGACUGGUUCUUGCUGCCUGCUGGUGUUUACUGGUCUGCUUUAGUCGAAUAUAUAUGGGGAUGCAUUCAAUUCUGGAUGUUAUUGUUGGAUUCUUUUAUGCUGUCCUCAUCCUGGCUAUCUUCCUUCCAGCUGUGGACCUGGUCGAUAACUUCAACUCAACCUACAAGUAUGCACCACUAAUCAUCAUCAGCCUCCACCUUGCCCUGGGGGUUUUCAGCUUCACUCUUGACACCUGGAGUACCUCCCGAGGGGACACCUCUCAGAUCCUGGGCUGUGGAGCUGGGGUUGCUUGUGGCUCUCACGUGAACUACAUGCUGAAUUUCAUGCCGGAUCCUCCCCCUGAGGCAUUUCCCAUGCUGGUUCCAUCUAUCACCGUGACUGUGUUUGGAAAAGCCAUGUUGCGGCUGUUGAUAGGAGUGGUGAUUCUGUUGCUAUCAAAAACAGCCAUGAAGAAAAUCACCAUCCCUCUGGCCUGCAAAAUCUUCCGCGUACCUUAUGGCGAUGUCCGACAGGCCCGGCAGCGUAUGGAAGUAGAACUGCCUUAUCGUUACAUUACCUAUGGAACAGUGGGAUUCUUACUCAUGUUCUUGGUUCCUUCCCUGUUUCACUUCAUGGGACUUUCUUGAUGCCCGCAUUUGCUUGACGUGAGAAGAGAGAGGGACCAUUAACAUUUUCCGGGAAAGGUGCACUGUUUGGGAGAUGUAGAGAAGUUUGAAAUAGUAGGUGGGAAUCAAAGAGAUCAAAUCUUGGCUGUUAAAACCCAGAAGCUUCAUGUCGUAGUCUUACGAAAAGGGGAACAAAUGGUGAAUGUGCUGUGCAUAUGUCUUUGUGCAUAUAUGGUGUUGAUGCCUCAGACUGUAAAUGUACCUCUCUUUCUUUCUUUGGAUACAUUCAAGCCUGGUUUGUUUGUAGCUGAUCCAAAAGUUCCAGCCGUGAUCAGUUUAAGGCUCCUCAUAUUAAGUUAUUUGUGUCUCUGGAUAGCUCCCUAAUGUUUUAUGGAGGAAUUGAUCCCAACGGACCAACAUUCUAAGGAGAUCUGGCUUACAAAAGUUAGUGUUCUACAUCUGUUUCCACCUUCUAAAGUCACUUCAGUUUGUGAGUACAAAACCGUUAGAUUCAGGUACUGUAUGUUUUUUGUUUGAUCAUUGUGCCUUUGUGUUGCUCAAUAGAAAAGCGCCAUAUACUGUGAUGUACAUACAAGAAAGCCCAUAACUUUAUUUUAAAUUUUUACUGAAUUAGGCAGAUAUUUUCAAAUCCAAUUAGUCACAUAACUAAUAAGGUUAAAGAUUUUAUCUUGUAUUUUAAGAGUAUGAAAAUGCAGCAAGCUGAAACUUCUAUUGGGGUUCACUAGCUGUGAACAGAUGCUUAAUUCCUUUUAUAUAUAUAUAUAUAUUUUAAGCACAUUGUACGUUAUUGGAAGAGCAUAUAUUUUUCUGAUUAUUGUCUUAAAACAUAGGCAUAUUUUGUCCAAAAGUAAGAGCUAAAAUUACAAAUUGAAGCCAUGCGCACAUUUGCGGCAAAUUGAUCUCCCAACACAUUUCAGUUUCUUCAAGUGUGUUUCUGAUUACUCGGUUUUAAUAAUAGUGAUUCAGUAGAAACAUGCACAGAGGUUGCACAAAUUGUUAACUCUGGUUCCCUGUUUUGAGACUAGGGCAUUGGAAAGUCAAGACUUGGUGCUUCACUGUCAAUUUUGGUUUUGAAAAAUCCCCCAGAUGGCCAAAGCAUCUGGGGAUAUGUCUUAAUGUCUUAGCAAAGACUGUACACUGGAGCAAAAGGAGGGAACCCUAGAAAAACAGCAAGGAUAACAACUAUUUGGUGCCAGCGGGAGCCCCUGAUGGGACUUGUUGUCCCUGGGAUCUCUGGAAAUCACCUGACACUUUUGAGCUGCAGGAACAACGGCGUAAUUAGUUCACCUUGAUCUCUGCUUUCCACAGAAACUGGAGAACAAAGUCUUAGUUGCUCAGAUCUGAGCAAAGGCUACACAAGGGCCAAGUGGCAAAUGGCUGCAUUGGUCAAAGCUUAAAGAAAGACCUUGUACGACUCUGAGGAACUGUAUCACCAUGACAUUUAUCCUUUGGUGUUUGCUAAACAUGGCAGAAUAAUUGAGACUGCGUCUUCCUGUGACUUUCAUUCUACUUAGGCUUAGGGGCCUUGUUAAAAAGUUGGCUAAUGUGUGGUUGAUCCUCACCGUGAAAUUCAGUGGGUCAUUUUGCCUUUUAAGUACAAUGGAUUACAGCUGGCAGCCCCUACUUCAUAAAGUUGCAGGCGCUGCUACCUGUAAUGUUCGAACGCUGAAAUAAGGCACAGUGGCAUUGUGAACCUUACGGAGCAGUUGAUGCAGAGUUUUAACAUUUGGGAUGUGGUGGACACCCACUGUUCUGGCUGUCCUUUAUUUCAUUUUUAUUUAUGGACAGAUGUCAACUCGAAUUUGGAUUCUUUCUGUUCUUAUUAACUCAGCCUUGUUCUAUGACAAGCAGCUUAGUAAAAAAAAAAAAGGACUGCCUUGCUACACAACACCUGCUGUGGCCCGUGGUAGAUUGUCUUUCAAUAUGUACGUUUGAAGAUUUCUUGAAAUGUACAUUGUGGUGAGACGAGCAGAUGUGUUCUAAAAGCACACUGCCUUGGUCCAGCUAGCAAAAUAGGCGAGGCGGGGGGGUGAGACUUGAUUUUCCUUCCAAACUGCUGCUCUGCGUGCCUUAUGUUAGGCUGCUGUUGAAACUGGAAGAUGAUUCGAAAGCAGUUUGUGGUAGGAACGAGACUUGCCGGUUGAAGGAAAGAAGCCGGCUGUGCUGGCCCUCUUGCCUGUUUCGGGCCCCUUUCUCGAAUCUUGGCUCUUCAUCAGUUGUAAACGGCUGACUUCAUUUUUAAUAGCUGCUGGAGGGGAACUUGCUUAGAAACAGGUAUCUCAAUAUCGGUGCACUUUCCAUUUCACAUCCUUAGGCUGCGAUCCUAAGCAUACGUUCUGCGGAGUAAAUCCCAUUGCACUCAGUGGAGCUUACUUUUGAAUCGGCAUGCAUAGCUUCGCACCACUGUCAAAGGGUAUUUGCUGAUUGUGCAUUAAAGGCAAAAAAAUGCUCUAGAGGGAACUCAAAUAGUGAUAUCGUUCUCUAAAACAAGAACCUCCUCAGCAAGCACUGAAAAACCAAGUUAAUCUCUUUUAUAUUUCUCCAUAUAGUUAACCAGUACCACAGUUAAAGCACAGCUGCGAGGGUGCUAGCGUUCAUAGUUAUGUGCUUCCCGUUACAGUUUCCUUUUACACACUAGGCUUUUCUCUACUACAGUAAUAAAGAAUGUUAGCAGGGAUGGUUGAAAGGGCUACAGAGGGAAGGGCUGUUCUAAGUGAAUAACUUGCUUGUGUGUUGAAUUUCUUUGUCAAGUUGUUACUGUUAACGCAGAAAGAAACAGUUUGGCCGAAAGAGCUGAUUUCAUUAUUCAUCUGCUAAUGGGCAGGCUGUGUCCGGAGGUGUUUUUCUUGUCUUUUUUUUUUUUAAAUUGCACUGUAGCAUAUUCUACUGUUACUCUGUACGUUGUUGUUAAUGCUGCCUCCAGUUUCUCUCAAAAUGCAAUAUCCCACUUAACGUUUUAACUGAGUCUGUCUUAUAAGAAUUCUGUUUAAAUUGGACUUGAAUGACCUCACCAUAGAUCACAAAUAUAUCCAUAUGAUUUGAAAAUAAAAAUGCAAUGCUACA